AUGGCUUCCAACAACUCUUUGUGGCUGUCUGACGAGGAGUCAGACCCCUCCCACGGGGGCUCUUGCUCUACCGUCAUUCACCACGGCCUCCCAGCGUCCAACGCCAACAAUUCUCCCUCCGAGUCCACCAUUACCCCUGACUCCCAUCAGGGCGGCAGCCUCCUUGCUCUUGGCUUUUCCAAACGGACAGUUUUGGCAGCAGGUAAUGAGCGAAUCCUUCCACCACGCCGACAAAACCUUCCGAGUACUAACUCAACACAGUCCUGGGACACCACGGCCGACACCUUCACGUCCCCGCGUAAAACCACCAUAAAAAUUGUUGGGCCUUCGCUCGCCGAGCUCCACGCCCGCCGCAACUGGUACAAUGCUCGUUUCGAACAAGCCAGAAUCGACCACGAAACCUCUCAUGCCCGCGCUUACACCGAGCAGGAAAAGGAGUGGCUCGACAGCGAGAUUCGACUCGAAAACUUUGUCACCGGCCAGGCCUGGCUGGACAACUUCGGCGAGAGACACACGAAAAACAAAGGUGCGGGGCAGUACAAAGGGGUGUGGACGUGCUGCGGUUGCGAGUGCUACAACUCCGGGCACGAGCACAAGUGCUCCCAUUGCCGCGUGCAUGUGAAGUGCGGGGAGUGCGAGAGGCGGUAUGAGCAACAGGGUAGGUUCAAGAUCAAUCUUGACUGA